AUGACCUACGAAAAUGCCAAAGAUGAGUUGAACACGGUCAAUCUGGUCACCCAAUGCCUGUGUAUCCCCAUCUGCUCCAUCUUCGUGAUCCUGCGGUUUGGGAUUCGUAUCUGGUAUAAACAGUUCGUCUGGAUCGAGGAUACGGCCUGUCUGUUGACAUGGCUGCUGUUUGUGGGGUACUGCGGUGUCAGUAUUGUCGCCGGCAAAUAUGGUGGCGGGUACCACAUCACAGACGUUCCUUUGGAUGAUCAGACUCUUUUCCGCAAGUUCGGUUAUAUCGCCACCGUCCUGUACUGUCCGAUGGCGCUCCUGUGCAAGGUCGCCCUGCUCUCCAUCCUGACGCGCAUCUUCACCCCCUUCAAAUCCAAAGUCAUCUUCAUCUAUACCUUCCUCGGAUGCCUCUGUGUGUACUACGUCAUCGCCUUGGUCAUCAAGAUCCGCAUGUGUGACCCAGUCCCCGGAUACUGGGACUUGAACAUCCAAGCUACAUGUCUGGACCAGCGGGCGGCUCUGGUGGCCGAUUCGGUCAUUAGUGUCAUAUCGGAUCUGAUUAUCUUGAUCUUGCCCUUGCCUAUGACUUGGUCGCUACAGAUGUCGCGCAACAAGAAGCUGCGGGUGACGGGCAUGCUGUCUGCCGGAGGGCUGGCCACCGCGUUCAGUAUCUACCGAUUGGUGCUGGUGCUCAAGGAAGGGGAUUCCCCGGAUCAAACCAUGGUGUUCAUCUGCGUCAUUCUGUCCGGGAACGCCGAAGGUGGCGUCGGUCUCAUCUGCGCCUGUCUCCCCACGCUCAACAUCCUCAUGUCGAAGCUACGCAAGGCCGCCUACAGCUCGGGACACUACUACAAGCAGGACUCGUCCGUGCCCCUGAGCAAGGUCAAGGGCGCCGGCAAGGGCACCUUCUCCGCCGUCGCUUCCAAACACUACCCGGAACCCAACGAGUUUGCCUCCGACCAGAGCCAUCUCAUCUCGUACGCAGGCGCCGUCUCGACCGGGUCCGCCGGUCACGACGGUAUCCACAAGACGGUGGACGUGUCGCAGACGGUGGAGGUCGUGCACGACCAGUCGCCACCACGCAAUGGCCAUCUAUAA